AUGUUACCAGAAAUAGUAUCACUAUUAAAUUCAAGUAUCAGUACAAAUCCAAUUGAGGUAAGAACAGCUGAAGCUUCUUUGACUAGUAAAGAAGCUCAAGAUGGAUUUAUUGAGACUUUAAUACUAAUUAUUAGUAAAGGAGAUAUUGACAUUUCUAUAAGACAAAUAGCUUGUAUAUACUUAAAGAAUAACAUUAAGAAAAGAUGGGAUAUAGAUUGUAUGAAUGGAGGGGUGAAACAAAAUAAUAGGAACUUUAUCAAAGAAAAUAUUAUAAAGAUGUAUAUUAAUACCCCUAAUAUUGUUCAAACUCAGGUAGCUGAAAUCUUACUAUAUAUUUCAGUAAGGGAUUUUCCAAAUUAUUGGCCAGAACUUUUAAGUGAUAUCAUAAAAUGUUUUCCUGGAGAUGAAUACUUAAAUGAAUCUCUACUUAAUAACUAUGAUAAGUUGAACCUAUACAGUUGUACUCUAACUAUGACAAAACUUGUUCUAGAUAAAUAUAGAUGUGCUGAGUCAUCGAACAAAAUACUUACUGAGUUGAAAGAUAUCCUACAAAUUAUAUGUAUUCCACUGUACAAAAUUUUUAUCUUUUCAUCACAAGCACUACUUUCUGGAGUAGUAAUCCAUAAACCUAACAAUACAGCUAUUUUAAAUAUUUGUUUAUUAUGUUGCCAAAUAUUUUAUAGUCUUCAUUGCUGUGAUGUUCCAGAAUUUUUUGAGAAUAAUAUCCAAGUAUUCAUGUAUACAUUUCACAGCCUUUUAGAAUUACAACAUAAAGAUGAUGGUAGUGAAUCUUUAUUUCUAAUAUUCAAUAUAAAGAGUCAAAUAUGUGAGAAUUUGCGUAUUUAUUCAGAUAGGUAUCAAGAACCUUUUGAUCCUUACUCUAGGAAGUCACUCUCUAUUAUUGGAAUAUUACUAACUAAUAUUAUUGCGAACCAAUAUCUAUACGAAAAUGGAGACGUCUCAACUUAUUGUUCAACUCUUAUUGAUGAAGGAUUAAGGUUGAUUGGAUCUUUAGCUUCUACUCAAUGGUCAGAUAAUCCUUUUGUAGAUAAAGGAAUAUUAGAACAUUUAAUUGAGAAUAUUCUUAUACCAUGUACAUUCAUGUCAAUUAGUGAUUUAUCAUCAAUAGAGGAAACCCCAAAGGAGUUUAUAUACAAGUAUUUAUGGGAUAUUAAUGAAAUAUGUGAUUCUACAUCUAAAAGGUCAGCUGCACUAGGUUGUAUUAGAAGCCUUGGUAAAUUCUACAAUUCCCAACUUUCUGCAUUAUUAACUUGUCACAUUGUGAAACUACUAGAGAAUCUUACUGAUAGUGAAACUAUUUUUGAAUGGACUGAAUUUAGUAGAAAUACUUCACAACCUGUGAAAUACAAAAUUAAUAAAUCAGAAGUUAUACGUGAAGGAGCUAUCUUCUUAUUUAUUUGUUUAUCUGUACGUUCUUUUUCUCGCUCUAGUGGUGUUACUCAACUACAACAAGAUGUUGAUUUGGUUGGAUUUUAUGAUCAAUAUAUUAAGAGAUUCUCUACAACUUCAUUAUUGAGAUGUUGUUCAUUAAAAUAUCUUAUAGUUUUUCGCAACCACUUUCCACCUGGUGUAUCGAUAUCUUUACUUGAAGAAGCUUCUCAAUGGAUACCUGUAUCCUCAUUUAUUGUUAAAAUGAUGGUUCUAUUGGCUUUUGAAAAAUUGUUUAGCCAAAGAAAUUUAAAUUUAUCAUCCAAUGCAGGCAUUAAUUCUAAUUCUACCUCAACACAUAGAAUUACUGGAAAUCAAGCAAGUUCACUAUGUUUGCAAUUCCUUAAUGAUGUUUUGAAACCAUUACUUGAGGAGACUCUAUACAAUAGUAGCAAUUCUACAUGUUUAAUGACUGAUAGCGAAUUUGUACCAAGAUGCAUAGUUAGACUUCUUUCUUAUUUGGGAUUAGAAGGAAAGAGUUUUAUAUCUAGUAUUGUACCUGCAGUAUCAGCACACCUUAAAUUAGUCACAGAAAAUCCAAAAAAUCCCAUUUUUAAUCACUUUCUUUAUGAACUAUUGGGAAUAUGUAUAAGAAAUACUACUGACUACGAACGUAAUGCAAUGGACCCUGUAUUUUUACCAAUACUUAUAGAUAUUUUACAACAAAAUAGAAUAGAAUUUAUGGCAUACUCACUUCAAAUCCUUGCUCUAAGACUAGAUACACUUGAAACUAAAAAUGAAUUUUAUACUAAUUUAUUUGUACAUUUAUUAGAUGAACCUAUUUGGAGAAGUUCAGUAUCUAUACUACCUGGGAUAGUUCGUUUAUUAUGUUCUUAUCUUCGUAAAUCUUCAUUAUUUGGUGAACUUAUUCCAAGUAAUUUGAAACAAAUAUUUAAUCGCUUUCAGUUUUGUUUAAGUCAUAGAAGAUUUCAAUCUAAUAUAGCAUUUGAUUUACUAAGAGAUGCAUUGAGAUAUCUACCCUAUGAAUCUUAUUCAAACUAUUUACCUACUUUAAUAACACUUCUACUAACAAAAUGUCAAGAGUGGAAUCGUGCAGAUGAAAUAAUAUUAAUUACUCAGAUUGUUGGUGUAAUGUUUUUAAUUAUUAUUGAGAGAUCACAAACUAGUAACUUACCUACUCUUAUUAUUUUAUUGGAGAAUAUACAAUCUGGUUUAUCAUCCCUAUUCUUUAACAAAAUCGUCUUUCCUAAUAUUAAUAAGGCAGUAUUAACACCACCAUUGAGAUUUCUUUGUAUUGCUGGUAUAACAAAAUUAAUUAGCGAGAAUUCAAAUACCAUUACAGAAGAGUUGAUACUUGAGUCCUUUAAAUCCAUAACUGUUUUGCUAGGUGGAUUAAUUAAUGAUAAUAACUCUAUAGAGAGAAGGAAGGAUGAUUCUACUUUGGAUAAUUUAGAAUCUUUAUGGGAUCAAACGAAUUAUGCACAGGAUGAAUAUGAAGUUAAUUAUCAUAGACUUGUAACUGCAUCUAUCAACUAUACUGAUAUUUAUCCAAAUGGUGGAGAAAUUGCAAAAAAUUUCCAUCAAAAUUUUCAGCAAUUAGUUAUGUUAGAAGAUAGUAGGAAUAUGAUAAAAAUUACUUUUAACCCCUUCUUAAAAAAAUUAUGGGAUUAUUACCAGAAUGACCCUACAAUACUAGAAUUAAUUACGCACAUAAAGUAA